AUGUUUGCGGAUGACAUUAAGCUCUGGAGUGUCAUUCGAACUGCAGAUCACGAAGAGCAUCUGCAGGCGAACCUAGACCGACUCCAACAGUGGUCAAAGGCCUGGCUUCUGCCGUUCAACGAGAAAAAGUGCAAUAUUCUACGAGUCGGCAGAGCUCGCUCUCCGAACCAUAUGGACUACUGCCUAAAUGGUAUACCACUGCAAGAAGUGGACUCGCAGAAGGACUUGGGAGUAUGGAUUACGACCUCGCUCAAACCCUCGCUGCACUGCACGAAGAUAGCCAAGUCUGCAAUGUCAGUCCUUUACCUUGUCAAGCGGGCUUUCUCUGCCUUUGAUGAAGACUGCUUCGCUAAAGUCUUUCGAACUUUUGUGCGUCCGCAACUAGAAUUUGCUAUCCAAGCUUGGAGACCCUGGACCGCGAAGGACCUCAGCAUCCUUGAAAGGGUUCAAAGGCGUGCAACGAAACUUGUGGCAGGACAGGGUUCACUACCAUAUGCAACGCGGUUGGCUAACCUUCAUCUCUUUCCCUUGAGUUACAGGCAGUUACGGGGUGACCUCAUACAAGCCUUCCGUAUCAUACGCGGUCAGGACUGCAGCCUCGUACCGGGGGACUUCAUCGAGUUAGCAACCCCCACAAAUCUACGAGGCCAUCCAUUCAAACUACGUGUGACAGGGGCCAGACUGGACACACGAAAGUUCUUCUUCUCCAACAGAGUACUAGAAGCCUGGAAUGCCCUGCAUGUGGAUGUCGUUAUGUCUGCUUCCGUCGAGGUCUUUAAGAGGAAGCUGGAUUUGUGUAGCAGUGUCCACUAA